AUGAAGAACAUCGCAAGCUCAUUGUCGACGGCCAGAAACGCGUCCAAGAACGCCGGAGACCUGAUCGGCAGAUUCACCAUCUUGUACAACAGAGCCCGACAAGCAGUCAUUGCAGGAGAAUUGGUGGCGAUCAUCACGGGUGCCACGGCCUCGGAAGCCAGCUGGCACUGGGUCGGUGUAGCAAUCAGCCUGAGCUAG